AUGCGGCAGUUCAGAGAUUUUGCCUUUGGCCUGGCUGCCCUAGGGCUCACGGCUCUGGCGUCUGCUUCUGAAGCUCCUGCUUCUGAAGCUCCCAUUUCCGAUGCAGAGUCACAUGUGCAUGUCCUCGAGAAAGCAACGUUCAACGAUUUCAUGGAACAGCACCCCCUGGUCAUGGCGGAGUUCUAUGCGCCAUGGUGCGGUCAUUGCAAGGCUCUUGCCCCUGAAUAUGAAGCUGCCGCAGCCGAUCUCAAGGAGAAAAACAUCCUCCUCGCUAAGAUUGACUGCACGGCGGAGAGAGAGCUGUGCAAGGAGUACGACGUGGAAGGUUAUCCCACAAUCAAGAUCUUCCGUGGUUUGCAGAAUGUCAAGCCAUACAAUGGCGCUCGUAAAAGUGAAGCCAUCUCAUCCUUCAUGUCCAAACAAGCUCUUCCAACAGUCAGCCAGGUAACGAUGCAAAACUUCGAAGAUGUGAAGGCAAUGGACAAGGUCGUCGUUGUUGGUUACUUUGCUUCUGAUGACAAGACCUCGAAUAAUACUUUCCAUGCGGUGGCUGAAGCCCUGCGUGAUGACUUCCUCUUCUCCGCAACAAGUGACCCCGAAAUGGCUGCUGCUGCAAACGUAAAGCAUCCGGCCGUUAUUCUGUACAAGGACUUCGACGGAGGCAAAGAGCUCUUCUCAGGGAAAUUUGCUGAAGAAGACAUCACCAACUUUGUGAAAGUUUACAGCAUGCCUCUCGUUGGCGAAAUCGGACCAGAUACCUACAAUAGCUACAUGGGUAGUGGCCUUCCACUCGGCUACCUGUUUGCCGAAACUCCUGAAGAGCGUGAGGAGUUCACAGCCAUGUUGAAGCCUAUUGCCAAAAAAUACAAAGGUCGCAUCAAUCUUGGAACCAUCGAUGCCAAGGCUUACGGAGCUCACUCUGACAACCUGAACCUUAAACCCGAGAAGUUCCCAGCGUUCGCAAUCCACAACCCUGCCGAAAACAAAAAGUUCCCCUAUGAUCAGGAGAAGAAAAUCACCCGGGACGACCUCGCGGCGUUCGUUCAAGCCGUCCUAAAUGGUGAGAUUGAAGCCAGUAUAAAGUCCGAGCCUGUCCCUGCGAGCCAGGAAGGCCCUGUAACCGUUGUCGUUGCCCACACCUACCAAGAGAUUGUCAUAAACAGCGACAAGGAUGUUCUUCUCGAGUUCUAUGCCCCAUGGUGUGGACACUGCAAAGCCCUCGCGCCCAAAUAUGAACAACUCGCCAAACUCUACGCCGAUGACCCAGAGUUUGCCUCGAAGGUCAUAAUCGCCAAGAUUGAUGCCACCGCAAACGAUGUGCCAGACGAAAUCCAGGGAUUCCCAACCGUCAAGCUUUUCCCUGCGGGCGCCAAAGAUUCUCCAAUUGAGUAUCGAGGCAUGCGCACCAUCAAGGAGCUGGCCCAGUUCGUGCGGGAUAAUGGCAAAUAUAGUGUUGACGCAUAUGAUCCGGAGAAAGUAGACGAGGAUAGCGGUGAUGUUACCAAGAAACCCGCGGAGGAAAGUCCUUCGUCGACAGAGGCCGCUGCCAAGGAAACCAAGGCUGAAUCAACUGGUAAACCGGAGGAGACGGCCGGUGAAGCCACCCGACAUGAGGAGCUGUGA